ACAGAUGGACCCUUGGUUAUUUUUAUAACCAAAACUCACAGUAUUAUUGUUUACUUACAAAAAUGGCAUCUAGAAAUUUAACGGAAGCCUUUAUUAUUAUGAGGAAUAAUGCCGUGCAGUCAAGAAAUAUUUAUGCAGAACAGAACAGUGUAUCAGAUAGGAUGGCUCUAGUUGGCCCUGAGUCGAUAGGGUCUGAUGGUGUUGAACUGAGAGGGAUGAACUUUGGAAGUACAGCACCUCCACCUUGGAUUGAUGCCUUGGAAGAAACUCAAUAUAUUUUAAGUCGUUUGAGAACCAAAGUAGAUAGCCUAAUAAAUUUACAGUCAAAACAAUUUUCCAGGCCUACCUUGGAUGAAAAUUCUCAAGAAGAGCGGCAAAUAGAGCAACUGACAAAAGAAAUAGGUAAAGGGUUUUCCAGCGGAUUCAGGCAAGUUCAAAUAAUUAAAUCAGCUGCCCAACAUGAUUCCAAAAAAGCUGAUAAACAACUCGCUGUAAGUGCAGUAAGAGCUCUUUCUUCUGCGUUGCAAGAUUUAGGGUUACGUUAUCGUUCAGCUCAACAAGACUACCUACAAAAAAUUAAUUCCAGAGAAGAGAGAAAUAGACUUUUUUUCGACGAUGAGCCGUUUAAUUUAAUGAAUAACAAGUCAUCCUCAGAGUUUUGGUUGACAGAGCCAUCAAACAAUGACUCUGCUUCCAACUCGUGGCAAGGUCAGCAGCACCAAGAUUCUGUUCUUCUUCAGCUGGACGAUACCGAGCAAAAUGUGAGGAUAGCGAUGGAGAGGGAACAAGAAGUCGAGCAUAUCGUUCAAAGUAUAUCAGAGCUUCACGAUGUAUUUAAAGAGCUUGCGGUAAUGGUUCAAGACCAGGGAACAGUCUUAGACAGGAUCGAUUAUAAUAUAGAACAGACGGAAGUUCAAGUUCACCAAGGGUGCCAACAAUUGAAAAAAGCUGAAACAUACAAACAAAAAAAUCGUAAAAUCUAUUGCGUUUUGAUAGCGGUAGGUUCGUUUAUGCUACUUAUUUUUUUAUACUCGCUCUUUCAAGCUUAGUCGUUCAACCCUGUUGUAAAUAUUGUUUUUGUACAUUUUUUGUAAUUUAUAUUGUUUUUCCAUUAUUUGUACUUAUGUAUUCACGUGGAGAACAACUAUUUUUAAAAACGUUAACUUAUAAUUGCUAUUUAAAUGGCCAGGCUUACAUUUAAAGUGAUGUUUCAUCUUUCAACUUACAAAUUUUCAAUAGCUUCUGAUUUUUUCGUGAUUCUAACUCUUUCUCGAAUGAAAAAUACUUAUACAUUUUCCGUGAUUGUGUACACCCGCAAAAGCACGUAAAAUCGUAUACUGCAUGAGCGAUCUCGGAAAGGUUGAAAUUUCCUAUUUAUAAUCAUUUAGGUUUUACAUGUACGUUAAUUUUGUCAGUGUACUGUAAAACUGUAAAAAAAAAUCUCAAAUUGAUAAUAAUUUAUUGAGUAAAUAAGACUCUAAAAACAUAGCCAUAUUUUUACAAUAAUACAGGCAAAAUACAAAUAUUGCUUUUAAUAAUUAUGGAAACGUCAAGUGACAUUACUGACUGACAAUGAUGAGAUGUUUACGAAUACAUAUAUGUAUGUAUGUAUAUAUUAUUGUUUCAUUCCCACUUCUUAUUAAAGUUAGUUGUUAAUUUGUUAUUGAUGAUGUAUUUAAGCAAACGUCUUGAGGGAUGAAUUUAUGGUGGUACAUGUAUUACAUUGCAUACAAAAAUUUAUUGUAAAUUGUAAUAUUACUCGUGUACAAAAAGAAUGUU